GAAACCCAGCUUUUUGUAAAACAAACAUAAAAAUUUCGAGUUAAACUUCAUUUACGGGAAAAUAAAACUAUUUUAAUUACAUUUUAAAACAUGUCUAAUCUCAUGGAAGUUGAUAACGAAAACGAUUCUGAAGAUUUACGUAACAUGGAUGACGAUGAUUUACCCACUUGCAGUUCUAAGCGAAAGGGAAAACGUUUUAUAAUUAAAAAAUGGCAGGCACAAGCUUUAUGGUCGUGGGAUUUAGCCGUCGAUAAUUGUGCCAUAUGUCGUAAUCAAAUAAUGGAUCUGUGUAUUGAAUGUCAAGCGAAUCCUCUAUGUUCGAGUACAAAAGAUGAAUGUACCGUGGCAUGGGGCACUUGUAAUCAUGCAUUUCAUUUUCAUUGCAUUUCACGUUGGUUGAAAACACGUCAAGUAUGUCCAUUGGAUAAUAAAGAAUGGGAUUAUCAGAAAUAUGGCCGUUAAGAGAAUUUGAUUUAAUUUAUAUUUUGAUAUGAAAUUGUAACAUUAGAAUACAAUAGAAUUUUGUUGACAAAGCAACUAUAUGUAUGAAUCGACAAUGCACUUCUGAAUUUUGCAUUUUAACUUCUUGAAAACUACGAAAUAAAGAAUGAAAUUUUAUCACGUAAAAAUUGAACCAGAAAUUGAACUAGAAAUUAUGUAGAACUAAACUGGAACUGAACUAAAACUAAACUAGAAUGGAACUAGAACUGAACUGAAUUAGAAUUAAACUGGAACUGAAAUAGAAUUAAACUAGAACUGAACUGGCCCUAUAUAUGAUGUCUUGUGUCAAUUAUGGAACGAAUUCUACAGAAUUGAAUUAUUUAGUAAUAAUAAAAUUAUUUUCUGAAGUAUAACUAACUAUAAAAUUUAGUAACGAGAUUUAGAUUUUUAUAAAUUAUUGAAUUUUACGACAAGCACAAGUGAGAAUAAAACAUUUACAUAGUAUAUCGAACAUGUUUCGAAACUGAUUUCAUCGUUUCCUAUCUGGCAAAUAGAACCAAAGCCAUUUUACCGUAUCAGUAAGCAUUCCAAUGGCAGGUCUUCUUUUGACAAAAAGCAAAACUUGGUUAAUAAGAGUUGGAAAAUAGUGAAAAUGUGGAAAAAAUCAUCAGGAUAUUAAUAUCAGUUAUAAUUUAUGUCCUGAGCAAUCGAUAAAUGUACUUAGAAUAUGUAUAG